AUGCCUAAUAUCUCGGCAGAAGUUCAGAAUGCCGUGAGCGGUAUUCCGACGAAGAUCUCUUUCAAGGGGGCGUAUUUUUUCGCCUUGCAGCCGUUGUCAAACAUUUCUGACCCGAAUUCGGCGCAGGGGGCGAUUAAUGGUUUGGAAGCUUUGCAUGCGGGAUGUUUACCACGUCUGGUCCCUGCGUUGAAGAAGUUCCGUGAGGACGAGCAAAUUAGCGUGACGAUUCUACGCAUAAUGGAAGCGAUGGUGUUGCAGAUGAUUCAGGUGAAUGACGACGAUGCGGUGGACAUUUUUGUGAAGAAUGGGGCAUACGAAGAGGUGGUGGAUUGGAUUUCUGAUUUCAAGGGUGAUUCGAACGACAAGGCGUUGCAGUCGGCUUUGAACAUCGUGAAUUCGUUGGGCAAGAGCAAGGCUGAUCGGAUCCCGGGCGAGUUGGUGAAUCGUUUGGCUGGAGCGUUGUUGGGUAGUUUGAAGGAGACGGCGCCUCUCUCUACAGCGGAUCAGUUGAUUGACUUGGCCAAAGGUGCUACUCAGACGCCGGAAGGCGUCAAGUCGCUCUCGGACUCGGGCGGUGUUAAGACGAUCAUGAAUUAUUUGAACAGCAACACGGUUUCGAACGCUGAUCCAGUGGAGGCGGUGCCGUUGCUGUUACGCGGAAUUGAGGUCGUAGACCGGGUGUAUAAGCACAAGACGGCGGAUGCGGAGGGUAUGAAAUCGAUGAUGAAGCUGAUCGACCGUUACGAUAAUGUGCCUGCGGUUCGCGAGCGCUGCGUCAAGUUGAUGCAGUCGAUGUUUACGCGGGAGGCGCUGACCCAUAACCUAGCUGUGCUGAAGGACCCGGGAGCGACCAAAGCAGCCAAGCACCAGGCAAUGAGCGUCUUGAUUCCCAUAUCCUAUGUGCCGGCUUUGACGGCCCAGUGUGCGGAGGGUGAUAAUAUUGCGACCUUGGUUCAGUCUAUGAUCUCAGUCGCAGGUGACUCGGGUGCCUCGGAGCCCCUGACGGGUUGCUGUAAGAUGUUGGGUAACAUCGCCAAGAAGCCGGCGACUUACCAAGCCGUGAUGGACGCGGGCGCGUUGCAGGCUUCGGUCGACAUUCUGAGGUCGACGAAGGACCCCGAGGUGGCGGCUGCACUUUGUGCCCUUAUUGCGCCGCUUGUGGGCACUCAGAAAGGCGCUGAGCAAUUCCUUUCAGGUGAAGGACUCGACUCGUUGCUGAAAUUGUUGCAGGCAAAUCCGAAGAACGAGAACCUGGUCAUGGGUGUGGCGGCGGUUAUCCAGUCUGUGUGCCAGACGAAGACGUGUUGUGAUUUCGUGUGUGAUUCGGAGGCGUUGCGCGCCUUCUUUAAGUGUCUUGAGUCAGGUAAGUGCAACGCGGCUGUGUGCGAGAAACUGACGAAGGCCAUGGAGCUGAUGACGAGUGGUGUAUCCGCGGCUGAGCUGGUGGAUGUGGAUUCGUUUUACAAGAUCUGUACGACUACGACGGAGCGCUCAGACUGCGGUCCUGUCGUGAUGAGGAACGUGGCGGAAGCGUUGAAGAACCUGGCGUCUUGUGGAGACGCGAAGUCAAAGUUGGAUAAGACGCAGACCUGCGGCGCGGCCUUUGGUAUUUUGAGUCGGGUACCGAUCAACUCGCCUCCGUAUCACGCGUGUCUACGUGCGCUGGACCUAUUCGCGGAUGAGGAGACUUAUAACGAUGCGGUCUCGCGCACAAAACGGUCGCUGGAGGGCACGGAUAGUAAGAAGACCAUUGGGCAGUUGACAGUUCUCUCGGCUUUGGGUCGUGUGGCUCGAUUGAAGGAGGUGGUUGAAAAGGGGAGCACGGAUGUGUUGUUAGGUGCACACAUCCGUAAGUUGGCCUUGCAGCCGGCGUCAGCAGCUCGCGAUGCGGAGGUGAAGGCGACGGUUGACUGUCUGACGGCAUUGCAUCCGGCUCGAGGUGACAAUGUGCGCGCGUUACGGACACUUUUUGAAGUGGCCAAAUCGGAUGAGGUGAAACACGACCAGAACCGCAACCCUGGUUCGCAGUUGCGCCACGCAGUAAUGGCUGGUACGAAAGCGAUAAUUGACACAGGUGAUCUGAACACAGAGGCUCGUCUUGACGAUGUGACCAAGGAGACAUUGGAGGUCAUGCAACUCUUCCCCGAUGACCGGAAGUUGCAGGUGGUGGGUACUGAGAUUUUAGGUUCUAUAAUCAAGACCAAUGCGCCCGUUGGCGGUCGUUGUAUUGAGCAGAAUGAUGGGCACGCCUUCCUUGUGAACAAUAGCCGCAAAUUCAAGAUGUGGGCGGAUUUGCAGAUCGCUUCCUUCGACGCACUCGCGCUCCUUAGCGCGGCGCCCAAUGAUCGUCCGGAAAUGAUUGGGAAGCUGCAACAAGCGAAUAUUAUGGACGCUAUCCGAGGCGCGCAGUCUGCACACCCGCGGUGCGACCGUCUUAGGAAGCCUCUGGCCGUCGUUUCACAGCGUUUCAUGCCAGAAGGAUAUUUGGAUCAACAGGUCAAAGAGAGUCUACGUCUACUGCGGCAGGGUAUACAGCAACAAGACUGGGGUACAGUGCAGGAACAGUUGGAUACGUUGCAGGGAUUGAUGGAUACUCCUGAGGGCAUUCGUAUUGCGGCACGUACGGGUGUAGUAUCGGCGUUGACAGACCUGUUGAACGCCUGUGUGGAACAUGAAAAUAAGCCAUUGCAAGCGCAGGCUGCGAGUAUGUUGAAGAAUAUCACUGCAUCUACGGCGGGCGCUAAAGCGGCCGUUAAGAGUGGCUCUGCGCAAGCGAUUGACAAUAUUAUUCGGAAGAUCUCGACUUUACAGGAGCCGCCGCCGGUUGAGGUUUUGUGCGACCUGAUGCAGACGUUGGCUAACAUUAGCACUAAGGACCCUAAGGAGGCGGGCGUGAUAUUGAAGGCGGCGCCUAUUUGCGAACGGAUCGGUGCACUCUAUACUGACCCUGUGCAUAUUCAACGCUACCGUGACAGUCUCUGCUCUAUGCUCAUUGCCGUCCCGCCCGAUCUGCGACUCGAAGAUCAGACGUGUGCGAGCGUCUAUAAAGACCUCGUCAGUCAACUCAAAUCGAACAACUCCGAAACUGUAGGUCGCGCGGCCGGUAAGCUCAAACAGUGGGCAAACACCAACGAGGUGACCGAGCAAAUGGUUCGGGGUAAAGCUGUGGUGGAACAUGCCUACCAGGCACUCAACCUGCACCCAGGCACCGUCGCUGUUGCGCCGCUAGUUCGUCUAUUGGAGACGCUCAGCGCCGUGCCUGUCGACCUGAGCGACGAAGAGGCUCAGAAACGCGCGGAAUUACUUUCCUCCCUCGUUCUCGCCUCCAAUGACCAAGCGACGAUCGUACCGGCCAUGAACGUGCUCUCUAAGUUGAUCCAGGGCCACAAAAACCCGGCCGCGUUUGAGGGUAUGGCGGUGUUGCAUGACACAAUUCGACACGCACAGGAAAUCUGUGGCAAGGACAAGGGCGAGAUUGCGGACUGCAUUGGCAGCAUCCUGAACGUGGUGGGCGGCGAGGCGGCGCUUGUCUCGUGGCUGAACCAUUGCGGGUCGCUUGCGGAGGCGCCGGACGCGGAGCUGGAUCUAUUAGAUGCGUUGGGUGAGUCGGAUAUUUAUCUUCGUACUCAUAUCGGGAAGCCGGACAUGAUUCAUGAGCCGUUCGACAAGGCUUGUAGCAAGUUGGGUGAGACGGUGAGCAAGGGCGAGGCUUCGCCUGAGAAGCUGGCGGCCGUGGCCAAGUUUGUGGAGCAAGCGGCGGCGGCGGCGGCGCGUGUGCACGACGAGAAUGGACGUCAGCAGAUGGCAGUAAGUCUGAUGGACAAUUUGGUGGAUCCGUUUGCGCAAGCGUUGUUGGAGAGCGCGGGAAAGCCGAACGUGUCGCCAACAUUGACAUCAGCAGGUUUCUGCGCCUUGACGGCGUUGCUUGACAACCCAGAUACUCGACGUGCUGCGGUGGAAGCUUGCGGAGAGGGAUUGGCGGACGUGGCUGUGGAGCUGUUGCAGAGUGAGAAUUUGAAGCCGCGCGAUCGAGUGUUAGUUCGUCAGUUCCUGAACGCUUUGGGUCGUGAUACCGACGGACAGAGGUUGAUUGAAGGGUCGGUGGGGAAGCAACGCAAGAGCAUGGGCAACCUGUCUAACUUGGGAUGGGCCUUUAAGCGCGCAGGUGAAUUGGACACUAAUCUAGACCUGCCCGAGGUGGAGGCGGAAUGGGAUUUUCUGUUGAACUUACUGCGGGAGUCGGAGGAGGCACGGACCGAGUUUUGGUCGAAGCCUGAGUUCAUGCAGGAGUUGGACACUAUGGCCACGGGCAAUCCGCGGUUGUUGGGUAAGAAGGUUGCGAUUGUGGCUGCCGCGAUGGCGGGGAAUGCAAAUGUGGACAAUGUGCGAGCUUUGGAGACGCGUGUGCAGGAGCUACGCGACUUGUUCGAGUCGGGACAGAUGUCCCAAGCGGAGGUGGCCGCAACCGCUCGGGGGCUGAUCACGGACUGGAAGAAUGCGGGUGCAAAUCCUGAUGUGCAAACUGCGUUACGGCGUGCGCGUAUGUUUGAUCUGGUUGGCGAAAUGGUAUCGGAGGCUCCAAGGACUCCAGGUUUUUGGAAGUUUGUAAUCCCGGAUCUGGCUGAGGUCGCCGGUAUGUCCGAGCAAAACGGAAACGGGAUAGUGCAGAGUGUGAUGCCCUCUCUCAUUCGCGAUGCGGCCCUUGUCGAACGCGACGAUGAACUUAAGGGGCUGGUCGCUAAGAUGGUCGCCGCACUAUCGGCGCAUCCCGGACAGGGUUAUAAUUUGAUGCAGUUGCCGAAUAUGCAGCAGUUAUUUACUUCGCUGUCCCAAAACGUGGACCCGUCAAGCGACUUCGGUGUCGAAAUCGCCGAGUUGCAGGAGCUCUGCAAGACCGACGAGCCGAAAGUCAUGAACCUGCGGAAAGUUUAUGCGCUCUGGUUGAAGGAACUCGGGAACGACGUCCCGAGGAAGCGGAAAAAGCUCGAGCUUGGCAAGACAGCCGAGGGGUUCUCGGCGCUCAAGGAGGACUACGUUGGGCCCGUGCUCACGCCCAGCGAUUGUCCCGCAGUCGCCGAUCACAUCGGCUUCGUCUUUAGUGAAAUGUCAUCGCGGGCACGUAGUCCUGAUGUGGUCUUCGACUCGGAGGCCGGUCGCGAGACAAUGGCUGGGCUGAAUUGCCUUAGUUUGCUGCACAUGUUCGUUCAGAACCAGGAAGAGGUGGAGCAGCGGGAAGAAGACGAGAUUGUGGCCGCCGGUAUCAUGACACAUCGCGAUCAGAAAUUGGUGCAAGCGUUCAUUCUCGUUGGUCUUGAAUUGGUUCAUCUGGCGCCGGCUAUGACGGACGCGUUUGGUGUAGUCCCUGGUUUCGCUCAAGCGAUGCUCGCAGCCAUCCAGGCGGGGCGAAAGCUGGGUAGUCGCGGGGCACCGAGUGCCUCGGGUCUGAGUUUUACAGGCGAGGACGAGGGUGAGGGUGAGGCGAAGCCACCUGGACUUGACCCCGAAUCGGAUUGCCCGCUGCUGCAUCGCCUGAUCUUCAUGUCCAAGAUCAUUCCUCAUCGGCGAUGGUUAGAGGGGACGAGUGCCGUCAUUGAUUUCGUAGAUUGUUGGAAUGAUGCGGAUCUGGGCAAGUUCGACGAUCGCGUGACAUACGCGGCGAUUCGGUGUUUGCGUGCGUCGAUUACGGGUGCCUGUGUGCCGUAUCUGAAGGAGCAGCGCGUGCCGCAACGACUGAAGGCGCUGAUUGAUGACAAGAGUACGCCCUAUCAGGGAAGUUGUGACACGUUCUUUUUGCUUGGUAUUUUGGGACAUAUCUGGGAGUUCAAAGACCUGGUGGGACAGGUGGGUGUGGUGGAGAGCACACUGAACUUCAUUAAGGAGCACCAGGAUGAGCCACCAGAUGCUCCGAGUUCUGCCGCGGUGACUAACGCUUUGUUAGCGUUGGGUGCCAUAUGUGUUGAGCAUAAGGAGAACACGAACCGAUUUUUGGCGGGGCGAGGAAUCGAGUUGAGCGUGAAUAUGAUCCGGCGUGCGAAGAGCGAGGACUCGACCCUGAUUCCAUAUGACCGGGUGAACGCGGCUGCAGUGGUUUUGUGCAACAUUACAUUCAAGCGCGACGACGUGAAAGAGUUGUAUGCGAAGGCGAAGGCUCCGCAGGCCGUGAUGGCAGCAAUUGCGGGUUAUGAGGGGGAUGCGCGUGAUGAGGUGACUCGUUGCAUGGCGAGUAUGUUUAAGGCGGUGGGAAACUUGGUUUUGUAUGCGCCGAACGUUCAACACUUUAUCUCGAACGGGAUAGCGGACGUGUACAGAGCAUUUCUGGCCAAGGCUGGCGAAAUGCCACCGGCAGUACACGAGGCGGGUGUGCGGUGUCUGAGCAAUCUGUUGAUGGAGAACGAUGAGGCGACUAUGGUGGCCAUGUCGCCGCUAGUGCCGAUUUUGAUUGACGACGUCAGUAAUCGACUGGGGCAUAGCGAGGUGGAGAUAUACAGAAACGGUCUCGAGGCGUUGCAGUAUCUGUCCCGGGACGAAGCGAAUGCGCGUGUCGCGCUGCAUAAGGAGAUCGUGCGCCGGUGUCUUACCGCUUCGGAGACGAGCAGCUCGAACGUGGUGCUGAACGCCGUCAUCUCAUUCCUUGCUAGCGUUUCACGUCAUGAGGCAUUGGUUGGCGAAAUCAGCGACCAGGGCGCACUCGAGGUGGUUAUGAAUGUGUUCCAUAAGGAGAAGAGUUCGAACACUCAGCUGGCACAAAAAUGUUUCAUCACGCUCCGAAGGUUAUUGGUCGACGCAGCCACCGCCGACAAGUUUGUUAGCCAAGGCGCCGCACCGGGCAUUCUGAAAAUGAUCACCUCGCGCGCUGAGUCACUUUCAGCGCAGACCGAGGGCGUCAAGCUGUUGCUGUUCCUCAUCCAAAAAUACCCGCCACCGCCUGAGCAGGAGGAGGAGGAGGAGGAUCAGUGGGCUGACGAACCGGCGGCCAACGAAGGCUUCUUGCCGAUCAGCGCGGUGAUCACGCGACCGCGCGGUCCGCGUUCGUGGCAGCAGCUGCAGCUCACGCCGGCGAUGAUCAACGAGUUGAUCAUGACGUUGGUGCAAUCCAUGGCAGGCGACAACGUGAGCACGAUGCACCGAUACCUGGAACCGGCACUGAUGUUGUUGGGAUACUUUGCACACGAGAAGCCGAUUGGUUGCGAAAACGCGUUUUUCAACGCGAACUUUUUCCCAACCGCGACUGCCAUUUUGGACGACAAUGCCGGUAAUGUCCUGUAUGCGGAUGUGAUCGCUGGAAUCGCCGCCAACGUUGCCGCGCUUGCCGAUGAAGACACCUUCACCGUCUACAAGAGUCACGAAGCUUUUGCGCAGGCUCUCAUCCGAGCGGAACGCGGCAUCGACAAGGUUUACAAGGUGGAGCGCAGGUAUGUUAGUUCCGUCGGCGCGCUCUCUCUCGAUCCCGAUAGCACACCACUUUCCUUCCUCAAACACGCCUCCUUCCGCUUCGACUUCGACCGUAUCGCCGUAGACGAACGAGACAAUGCCAACGGCGUUCAGGACCUCCCACCUGCCGUGAAACAGAUUCUCAGACAAGGUGGCGACUUUUACGUCAUCACCCCCGACCGCCUCAAAGGAGAGCGAUACACCUGGAAAGCUUCCCUGGAUCUCACCCGACUCCAAUGGGGCGAAGGCAAACACGCCAGCAACUUCGAGAACACCGCGCCUGUACUCAAAUGUACCUCCAUCAGACCUGGCGCCUGCAACAAACUAUUACAAGACGCAAAAAGCGCACACAAAAGUAAGCUUCACUACCAGUGUGUUCAAUCUCGAUCCAUAAUCAUAAUUGGUCUAUUUUGUAGUGAGUUGCCAAGACGGAAACCUCUUAGCGCUGUACGGACUUCAGGAAGAGCCGGUUUGCCUCCGGUUCAAGAGUAA